UUUGAGAUCCUCCGUCCCUCCUCCCAGCAUUUCCUUGCUUUGCUUGUAAUUUGUAAAUGAUGAGCCUCCACGCUUCCCGAACUCCCUAACUGGCACACAUUUCUACACUCAACCGAUCUCUCAAAACCCUAAUAAAUUUCUCAACUUUCCUCACCCUCUGUCUCACCAAUUUCAUGGAAGAAGCUCAAUCCCUACCUCCAUCUCCUCCUUAUGACCUAGUAAUCUUGGGAGCCUCAGGUUUCACUGGCAAAUAUGUUGUCAAAGAAGCCCUCAAGUUCCUCAAAGUCCCUUCUUCUCCCCUCAAAUCCAUUGCUCUAGCAGGUCGCAACCCAACUAAACUAGCCCAUGCCCUCAAUUGGGCUUCCCUUCCCAACACUUCUCCUCCCAUCCCUAUUCUUAAAGCCGACAUCACCGACCCUUCUUCUAUCCGUCAUCUCUGCACACAAACCAAGCUCAUUCUCAAUUGCGUUGGCCCCUUUCGCCUCUAUGGUGAGCCCGUUGUUGCUGCUUGUGCUCAGACUGGGUGUGAUUACUUGGAUAUAUGUGGAGAGCCUGAGUUUAUGGAGAGAAUGGAGAUGAAGUUCCACGAGAAUGCUAUGGAGACCGGUUCUUUAGUGGUUUCGGCAUGUGGGUUUGAUUCGGUUCCUGCUGAAUUGGGAUGGAUGUUUCAUUCCAGGCAAUGGGUGUCCCCGGCUGUACCAAACCAAAUUGAGGCCUAUUUGAGUUUGGAGUCAGAGAAAAGGAUUGUUGGAAACUUUGGGACAUAUGAAUCUGCAAUUUUGGGAGUGUCUAAUGUUGGAAAGUUGCAGGAGUUGAGGCGUUCAAGACCUAAAAGGGCAAAGCCAGUGAUUCCUGGACCCUUUCCUCCUAAAGGACCAAUUAUUGAACACCAAAAGGAGAUUGGUCUUUGGGCUGUGAAGCUACCUUCAGCAGAUUCUAUUGUUGUUCGAAGAACUCUUGCAACUCUGACAGAAAACCCCCUCGGUCUUCCUGGAGUUAAUGAGAGUGCUGAAUGGAUUUCAAAGAGAGAGGCUUUCUGGUCAAUGAUGAAGCCUGCUCAUUUUGGGGUAAAACUAGCCUCUAAAACUCUAUUGGGUGUCAUUCGGUUUAUAACAGUUGGCGUGUUCAUGGGGCUGUUGGGUAGAAAUGCUAUUGGGAGAUGGCUUCUAUUUAAAUUUCCAUCUUUUUUUAGUCUUGGAUGGUUUAGGAAGAAGGGCCCCUCAGAGGAGGAGGUGAGAAGUGCUACAUUUAAAAUGUGGUUCGUUGGACGUGGAUUCAGUGAUGGGAAUCAAGUUUCACAGGCAAACAUGAAACCAGACAUGGAAAUUGUAACAAGACUAAUGGGACCUGAGAUUGGCUAUUUGACCACCCCAAUAAUCCUACUUCAAUGUGCUCUUAUCCUUCUAAGUGAACGUGAGAACCUGCCAAAGGGAGGAGUUUUGCCCCCAGGGAUUGUAUUUGGCCCUACUGAUCUUCAAGAACGGCUUCAACAUAAUGGAAUAUCUUUCGAUGUCAUCGCAAAGAGAGCUCUUCCUGCUUAACUGAUGCAGUCUUCAUCUAUGCUCUUAGGAAAUAUAAUGAAACUUAUGAACCGUUUUACACAAGAGUGAUAAUAAGAAGAUACUUUUCUCGACUAUUUUGUAUGAAAAAUGAAAAUGCUAUGAAAUUAUCUCAAUUUGAAUCUGGUUUUCCAAUA